GCUAUGUUUUACUCGCUGUGUAUGUGUCACUCUCAUCUUCCUACCGAUCUAAUGCGAACAAUUGUUGUACCUAUUAUUAAAAACAAAACUGGAGACGUUGCGGAUAAGAGCAACUAUCGACCCAUCUCGUUAGCUACUAUCAUUGCCAAGGUGCUGGAUAGCCAGCUGAACGCGCGUUUAGACCAGUUUUUGCGAUUACAUGAUGCGCAAUUUGGCUUCCGUAGUGACCUGUGCACGGAAACCGCCAUUCUCGGACUUAAGCAUACAGUACAAUAUUAUACAAGUCGACGUACACCUAUCUAUGCUUGUUUCUUGGAUCUCUCACGUGCUUUUGACCUCGUAUCAUAUGAUAUCUUGUGGAACAAGCUACGAGAGAGAAAUGUACCAGUCGAAUUGUUGCGUAUACUUCAGUAUUGGUACCACAACCAGAUAAACUACGUUAGGUGGGCCGAUAAGCUCUCGUCGCCAUACAGUUUGAACUGUGGAGUUAGACAAGGCGGGAUAACCUCGGCGAAACUUUUUAAUCUCUAUAUAAAUGACCUGAUUGUUGAGCUCAGCAGCAAGAAAAUUGGAUGUCGCAUUGAUGACGUGAGUAUCAAUAACAUCAGCUAUGCUGAUGACAUGGUGCUGCUGAGUCCAACAAUCAGGGCAAUGAGAAACUUACUAGCUUGUUGUGAGUCAUACGCUCUGACGCAUGGCCUAGUAUAUAAUGUGGCAAAAAGUGAAUACUUGGUCUUUGGGGCAGGUGUUGGUAAAUAUCCAGAGGUCGUACCUGUAAUUAAACUGAAUGGUACUGAACUAAAACGCGUCUAUCAAUUUAAAUAUCUAGGUCAUUAUGUGACUGCCGACCUUAAGGAUCAAGUGGAUAUAGAGAGGGAGCGUAGGGCGCUGGCAGUCCGAUGUAAUAUGGUGGCGCGAAGGUUUGCUCGUUGUAGCAAGCAAGUAAAAGUAACGCUUUUCAAAGCUUACUGUCAAGUGUUCUAUACGUGCAGCCUUUGGACCAACUAUACGCUGUCAGUGCUUUGCGCGUCCAAUACAAUAAUGGAUUCAGGAUGCUGA